AUGGCGAAGAAGAAGAAGGCUAGCUUGAUUGUAACUUCACCAAUGGCUUCGGAGGAUGAUUCCGCUCAGUCUAAACCUAGAAAUGAGUCUCUUUUGGUUCCAGAAGGGGGCCAAAAAUCGAACCCAGUUGCUGCAAAUAGCGAGAUGAACCUUGAGAAUGAAGAACUUGUUUACUCCAAUCUAGUGCACUCAUCGGCUGGUAUGAUUCCUAAAGCUCUUCACGACACCAUUAUUGCUUUGAAUCAAUCGUUGGGGCUCACUGGGGAGGGGAGUUUGAUUCCACAGUGUAGUACGGACUCUGUUUUUCGAAACUCUGGUAAUGUGGGUGUUAUUGGUCAACCAUUGAAGCAUCAAGCUUCUCCUAGUGGUUCGACACAGGUUUCUAAGGAGGGGGGAACUGUUAAGGAACCAUGGGUGAAUCUAUUUGCUGGGGCUAAGCUUGCUUCCAAAGGAGCUCCCCUGGAAUUUGUGACACCUUUGGUUAAAGAUGGGAAAAAAGUAGCACAACUGCAGCAAUCUGAGCUUGCCACUAUGGCUGAUAAAUGGCAGGCUUCUUUAGUUAUGUAUGUUGUAGGAGAAUCACCAACUUUGGCCUCUGUAAGGAGAUUUAUGGCUGCUGUGUGGAGUGAAGUUGCUACUCCUCAAGUGUUUUUUCAUGAUGAAGGGUACUUUAUCAUUAGAUUUGAGUGCAUUGAGGAUAAGAAUCGCAUUGUUGCAGGGGGUCCUUACACCUUUUAUGGUAAUCCAAUGAUCAUUAAGCCAUGGGCAGCAGAUUUCAACUUCUAUGAGGAGGUUCUCAAAGUGAUUCCCUUGUGGGUUAAAUUUCCUAAUUUGCCUUUGCAUUGCUGGGGGAGUGAUUCUCUCAGUAGGAUCAGUAGUUUGUUGGGGGUUCCCUUGUGUGCUGAUGAGUGUACAAUAAAACAGGAGAGAGUUUCAUUUUCCAGGGUUUUGAUUGAUAUGGAUAUUACUACUGUGCUACCCGACCAUGUUUGGAUUGAAGAUGCUAGGGGAGUUAUGUUUAAGCAAGCUGUAGUGUAUGAUUGGAAACCCCUCUAUUGUAAAAAGUGCAAUACAGCAGGCCAUGAUUGUACCAAGCCCUCUAAAGUAGCUCCUAAACCAGCUGUAAAGAAGGUUUGGGUGGCUAAACCAACUCAGCAGCAUGUUGCAGCCCCACAGCAACAGACAGGGGGGAUCCUCACUCCUCAUCAUGAUCCACCUGUAGUUCAAACUAGUGGCCAAGAUUGGAACAUUGUAACAAGGAGAACUAGGGGACCUAGCAGGAUGAGGAAUUUGAGCCCUAGUAAUCCUUUCACUGUGCUCUCUGGUGAUUUGGGAUUCAAGGAGAUCUCUGGAGAAAUAGAUAGUGAUGGUGUGAUUGUGCAGAAUACCUCACAUGAACCUCAUGAAGAAGAAACUAGAGUAAAAAUAGCUAAAUUUCCUAGGCUGUCUUCUAAACUUGGUAGACACUGGAGUUGGGGGAACAAUUAUAGCUUGAAUCCUAGAGGCAGGAUCUGGUUGGGUUGGCAACAAUUAGAAGUUGAUCUGUCAAUUCUGCAUACUCAUGAGCAGUUUUUGCAUUGUGUGAUUAGGGAUAGAACUGGUGAUGUUUCUUUCUUCUUUACAGCAGUCUAUGGUUUGCAUACCAUUGAAACUAGGAAGGAUCUUUGGCACUCCCUUGUGCUUCUCCUCCCUAAUGUUGGUUCUCACCCUUGGCUCUUAUCUGGUGACUUUAAUUCUCUCUUGUCUGACACUGAUAGGAUUAAUGGUUCUCAGGUUUCUAUUGCUGAAACCAAAGAUUUUAAUGAGUUUAUUGUGACUGCUGGUCUUUUUCCCCUACAAAGUGUGGGUCACUAUUUCUCAUGGCAUAAAGGUUAUGGUGAUGGGAAAACAGCUAAUAGAAUUGAUUGGGGGCUUGGUAAUGCAGGUUGGAUCCAUAAGUUUAGUGGUCUUCCUAUACAAUACCUCAACUCUUCCAUUUCUGACCACUCUCCACUGUUGGUGAACUGUUUUCCUGAUAAAGUGGAGGGAGGCAAACCUUUUAGAUUUCUGAAUUACCUUGCAGAUCAUAGUAAGUUUGCUUCUCUGAUUGAGAAUAGUUGGGGUACCAGUGGGAAAACAGGUUCUGCUAUGUUUAGGUUAUGGUCUAAAUUGAACCUUGUGAAGCACAAGUUGAAAACACUGCAUUCUGAAGAGUUUGCUGAGAAAACUUGCACUGAUAAUUUGAGGAAAUGGCUUAGGGUGGAUGAAAUUGCUUUGAGGCAAAAAUCAAGAAUUCAAUGGCUCCAAGUGGGGGACUCUAAUCAUCAUUUCUUCUUCUCUUCUGUCAAGGAAAGGAAUAGGCAAACCAGGAUUACAGUUCUGUUUGAUGAUUGUGGAAACAAAUUGGUUGAAGCUGAUGCCAUUCAGGGUGAAAUUGUUGGUUUUUAUAAAAAAUUGCUUGGGUCAGCUGCUCAGUCCUUGCCUGCAGUCCACAUUCCUACUGUGAGAAGUGGUAGUACUCUCAGUAUUUCUGCUAAACAAUGGCUAUCCAGAGAGGUAACCACUUUAGAAAUUGACCAAGCUCUUAAGGGGAUUGGUGAUGACAAAGCCCCUGGCCUUGAUGGGUUCAAUGCUGUUUUCUUUAAAAGAACUUGGCAUGUUAUUAAGGCUGAUGUGUAUAAAGCUGUACUUGAAUUUUUCAGAACUAACACUAUGCUGCCUCAAUUCAACUGUACUUCCAUUACUCUUGUCCCUAAGGUUCCUAACCCUUCUAAGGUUAAGGAUUUUAGGCCUAUAGCUUGCUGUACUGUUAUCUAUAAGCUAGUGGCAAAGAUUCUCACAACCAGGAUGCAGAGUGUUAUUGGUGAUGUUGUGAAUGAAGCUCAAUCUGGUUUUAUACCUGGCAGGCAAAUCUCUGAUAAUAUUCUCCUAGCAACUGAGCAGAUCAAAGGUUAUACCAGAACUCACAUCUCUCCAAGGUGUCUCAUAAAGGUGGAUUUGAAGAAAGCUUAUGAUUCCAUUGAGUGGUCUUUUCUGAAAAGUGUUAUGGUGGAACUUGGGUUUCCUGUGUGCUUUGUGAGGUGGGUUUUCACCUGUAUCUCUACUGUUUCUUAUAGCAUUUUGAUCAAUGGGAAGCCAUCACAACCCUUCAGAGCAAAGAAGGGAUUGAGACAGGGUGAUCCAAUGUCUCCAUUUCUCUUUGCUAUUGGUAUGGAAUAUCUUACAAGACACUUACAGCAGCUGCAGACUCUGCCAGAUUUCAAUUUCCACCCUAAGUGUGAAAAGUUGGCCCUCACACACUUGAUGUUUGCGGAUGAUCUUCUUAUGUUUUCAAGAGCUGAUACUCUGUCAGUUGAGAUGCUGUUUGCUGCUUUCAAUAAUUUUUCAAGAGCUUCAGGUCUUGAAGCUAACUUGGACAAGAGUAACAUUUACAUUGGUGGGGUUCCUGCUGCUACCAAAUCAACUAUUCUUGAUGCAGUUCAUAUUCCAGAGGGGCAAUUCCACUUUAGGUAUCUUGGUGUUCCACUUUCUACUAAAAAACUGGCUUAUAACCAAUGCAGAACUUUGAUUGACAAGGUGGUGGCUAGAUCUAAGUCUUGGACAGCUAGGCAUCUCUCUUAUGCUGGUAGACUUCAACUGGUUCAAGCAAUCUUGCUUAGUUUGCAAGCUUUCUGGUGUCAAAUCUUUAUUUUGCCUAAGAAAGUGUUAAAGGAAAUCCAGAACUACUGUAGGAUUUUCCUUUGGACUGGUCUUACUGAUCCUUCCAAAGAUCUCUGGUGGCAUGGCACUCUCUAUGUCUUCCUAGAAGUGCUGGUGGGUGGAACCUUAAGGAAAUGGGGCUAUGGAAUAAAGCUGCUGCCUCUAUUCACUCAAUGGCCAGCUACAAUCUCUUGGUUACUGAGGAAGAUUCUGGAUUCUCACACUCUGAUUGAUGAUGUUGGUGGAUGGGAUGCUGUUGUGCAGAAAGGGAAAUUCUCUAUUAAACUGAUGUAUAAACAUCUCCUUGGUGUUCAUGACAAAGUUCCCUGGAAAAGAGUGGUCUGUAAUAAUAAAGCUUCCCCUAAGAGUGUGUUUAUCACUUGGCUUGCACUGUGGAACAAACUUCCCACCAGAGAUAGGCUGCUAGCUUGGAAGAUUGUCACUGCUAACAGUUGUCCACUUUGCUCAACCAUGCCUGAAUCUACUGGUCACUUAUUUUUUGAGUGCUCUUAUUCUGCUGCUGUGUGCGGAAAGAUCCUUCAACAGUUGCAGUUUCACAGAAAUCCUGCUCCAUUUGAUCAGGAACUUGCUUGGAUCUUGAAAGCUACUAAAAGAACUGGUGAUAGAUAUAAAUUGCUGCUGAUGUUCUUCUCUGAAAGCAUUUAUGGCAUUUGGCUUCAGAGAAAUGAGAUGGUGUUUAACCAACAAUGCAGAAGCCCUGCUGAUUUAGUGCAUGAUAUUCAGUUUAGGGUGGCUUGUAGGGCCACUGACAGUCAGAAGCUGCUGUGCUGA